GGUAGUUUGGCGCCAGCAAUUUCGCGGGGCAGCGUCGCCAGAGCAGCACAGGGAAGCGAAAACGAGUAAAAUAUCAGGUAUUUUAUUGAAAAGCAGACGCUGCCAGGCUGAGCUAGACGGGCCGGUGUGUUCGCCGGUGUUGAUGCUGGUGCCGACUAAUUCCUGCGACCUGCAUUUCAUCCAGAACCUCGAGGCUGCGAGGAGGUGAGUAAGAAUGAUGGCAACGGCGGGGCCUCUGAGCAGCUCCAGCCUCCUCCCUCUGCUGGAGUCUCUUGAGGACAGCGCAGCCGGACAGCCUGAGCACACAGACGCCUACCUCACCAUCGCCAACCGGCUCAGUGGAGAGGAAGGGCGUCAGUUCCUCCCUGCAGUUGAAAAGCACUUUUCUCGCCUGGGCCAGACCAUCUUGAAACACAUCACCAGUCCAAAUGCUGAGCUGAGCCAAGCUGCCCUGCAAGCUUUAGGGUUUUGUGUUUACCACGGCCAUGUUGUCUCUGGAAUUCCCGAAGACCUCGCAUCAGAAAUAUUAUUAGCCCUUUGCUCCUUGGUGCUGAAGUCGACGGAUAAGAACACGUGCACCAGAGCAUUAUGGGUCAUCUCCAAACAGAGCUUCCCUCCAGAGAUUGUUGCAAAAAAAGUGCCGUCAAUACUGAGCACUCUGGAGAAUGUGUGGACCAGAGAGGACAUCCAGUCUGUUGUAAUGGAGCAUGAAGCCUUAAACGUUGUCAUAAGGUUGCUGGAGCAGGUGCCACCCCAGAUGGGCGACGGGGCAGUGCGGUGGGCCAAGCUAGUCAUACCCCUGGUGGUUCACUCGGCCUCCAAGGUGCGCCUGCGGGCUGCAGCAGCCAUGGAGAUGGGCAUGCCGCUCCUCCUGGAAAAACAGAUGGAGGUGGCAGCCGUCAUUGAGCCCAUCAUGUCCACUAAGCUGAUCCCCGAGCUGCAGAAACUUUUCAUGUCCAAGAAUGAAGCCAACGUCCUGAAGCUCUGGCCCUUAUUUGUUAGACUUCUGGGGAAGCUUCUCCACAGAGGAGGUCCCUUCAUCAACUCCCUGCUGCAUCUAGAGGAACUCGGCUUCCGUAGCUCCUCCCCUAACAUCAAAAAGAUUGCCUUCAUUGCCUGGAAGAGCCUUAUAGACAACUUUGCACUCAAUCCAGACAUCCUGUCCAGUGCGAAGCGUAUGAAGCUGCUCAUGCAGCCCCUCAGCUCCAUCCAUGUGCGGACGGAGGCCCUGCUGCUCACCAAGCUGGAGGUCUGGUGGUACCUGGUGGUCCGGCUGGGGCCCAAUCUGGCACCCAAUUUUGAACAGGUUUCUGUUCCUCUGCUCCAGUGCACGAUCGGAUCCGACUCCUCCACCAUCCCAGGCACUCCUGCUAGAGGCGCCAAUCAAAACGGAGCUGUUGUGACUGCCACACCAAAGACUGGCUCCGCAGGCUUCAACAGCCCGGUCGCCACUCCUCGUAUGAGCCUGAACUCCAGCAUCCAGGCGGCUCAGACCUUCCCCUCCAUCCAGCUGCUCGGCCUGGAGAUGUUGCUGCACUACUUUCUAGGGCCAGAGGUCGUUUCCAUGGCAGCCAAGAACAAACUCCUCCUGAGUCUAGAGCCCUUGACCCACCCCUUCCUGUCGGGUAUCUCCUCGUUCACCAAACAUGCAGCUGUGCUCAUCUCUACUGUCAGAGAUGGCUUCAUCGCUGUUGGCAAAGAGGCGCCAGAUUCCCUCCUGGCUCUGAUAUGGAAGAGCCUCGUUGGUUUUGUCAACUCAACAAUUGAGUCUGUUGGCAGUAAGAAGGACCGUCAGGGCUGCGAGGUCCUGACUCUGACGCUGCAGGCUCUGCAGAGCAUCGUCUCCUCAGAAGCACUGCCUGCAGACAGAGUGCUGGUUCUCUUUGAGAUGACGGUAAAAGGCAUUCCCCAGAGGGUUCUUGGCUCUGCCUCCUACCAAGUGGGCAAGAUGGAUGUUCUGAAUGGAACACCAGCUCUGUUCCUCAUCCUUCUCUUCUACAACAGCAGCAUGCUCUCAGCUUACGUAGAGGACGAGCGAUUCUUCCAGUGUCUGCACACCCUGGUGGGCUGCGGUCUGUCUGGACCAACGUCCCCGCUGGCAUUCGGGGAGGCGGUGCUUGGAGCCAUCAGGCGCAGCGCUGUGUCUCUGGACAACAAGGAGCAGCUGUGGAGGAUGUGGAGUGUGAUGGUCAGCCCGCUCAUUGAAACCAUCACACAGUCGAAUGAAGUGAACCAAGGCGACGCCCUGGAGCACAACUUCAACGCUGUGCACUCUGCCCUGAUGUUACCAGUCACACACCUCCUACCUGGAACUCCACUGCAACAGGGGACCCAGAAGUCGAUGCUGAUUACAUGGUCCAAGCUGUACAAGGUGUUUGCCCGCUGCUCCGCUCUAGUAGUCACAGCCGAGGAGAACGUCUGCUGCGAGGAGCUGUGUGUGAAGAUGGCUGCCGUUGUGGACAAAGAGGCCCUGAUGAUUCCUGCAACGUUGGAUGCUGUUGUCAGUAUCCUCCAGGUCAUGGUGGAGUGUGUGGACUUCUCUCCCUACACACCGCAGUUUCAGAAAAAGAUGAAGUCCCCUCACACCCCGUUGAACUGGAUACGUAAGAAGAACAAGGCCCUGGGGAACCUGUCCGCCUACCAGUCCCUCCUGCUGCAGUGUCUAGAUGUUUUUCUAGCUGCGGAGAGCCCUGAGGCUUCCUCAGAGGCCACAGGACUGGCCUUGGUCUCCAUCCUGUCUACUCUGUUCACCAACCUGGCCCUCCCCACCGCUGUCCAGGAGGCCCAGACAUCUCUCACUCAGCCUCUCACCCUCUUCUACAAACAGGCUGCCAGUGAGCCGCCCAUAUUCUCAUCGCAGCUUGUGGCAAAGUUGGAGAAGCUCCUAGGCGAGGUCCUGGGCUGCCUGCAGACCCGCUCUACUCUGGUCUACGACGAUGAGCUCCUGGCUGUUGUUUCCCCUCUACUUUGUGUUUUGUUCCCUCAUAAGAACAAACAGCUCCGCACUUCAGUCACUCAAUUCUGGAACAACACCUUCGCCAACUCAGUCAGCCUCAAUUACCCAGAUGAGCUCAGACCCAUACUGAGCCAGGUGAAGCAGAAGACGCCCAUCAUCCUACCUGGCUUUGAGGCGGUCAGUGUUCCUGAUGAGCUUAGUGGACAGUAUUCGCAGAGUGAGAGUUCCCAGUUAGAGACAAAGCUGAGCGGCGUGCUGGUUUCAUCUGUGGGGAAGAGAGACUCGCUGCUGGGAAGAGCUGCUGAGCUGAAGGACAGGAGCUCCAAGAGUACUCCUAAACCAGUUUCUACAAAGCUCGACUUUGGCUCGCCUCUGCCUCCACGCAGAGAGGUUUUGGAGGAAGAGGCCUCCAUUGACUUUGUCUUCAUUCCUCCUGAGACCAAGGAGAGAGUUUUGACAGAGCACCAGAAGGAGGUCAAGAGGACUAAAAGGGUUGACAUUCCUGCCAUGUACAACAACCUGGAUGCCUCUUUAGACACCACGGUUUUCACCCAGUACACGCAGAGUCAGGAAGAUUCCCUGGACAAAUUGCCAACAGAACAAGCUCACGGUGUAGAAAAGGAGGCUUCUGGCAAGGGUAAUCAGGAAGACAUGGAAGUUGAGGGAGAACCUGAAAUUCUGUCAAAGGAGACCCAAGACUAUGCCAGUCCAAAAGCUGCAGAUAAUGUGGCCAGUGAUCCAGAAAAGCAGGAAGGCCAGCAGGGAGAGAUAAUACCUGAAUCAGCAGAUGUCUCCAUGGAGGAUGAUGUCAGUAAUGAUGUUAAAGCAGAAGACUUGGACAAGGAGUCUAAAGAAAGCACUAGUCCCAACAUUUCUAGUUCUUCAGAUUUGAUCUCAGGAACUCCUCAGAAACCCAGCAGCCGUCGUCAGUCCUUUAUUACUCUGGAGAAGUAUUCAGAGGGCAAGCCGGCCAGUCCAAGCAAUGUAUCCACCUUCACAGGUCCUCACACUAAGGCGUCUAGUAGCCAAGAGCACACUGACAACACCAAGGCCUCCUCCCAGACAACCACUGAUACAGACUCACAGGUUGCCCAAGCCUCGGAGACUGGGGCAACGUUCACAGAGUGCUGUGAUUUAGUUUCACCAGAUUCCUCUAAGCAGGCUAAGGUGGUGCCUGAGGUGAAAGGUGAAACUAAGCUUGCUGAAGGAUUGUCUAGUGAAAGAAUAGAGGAUGAGGAUGAUGUUAUCCCAGACACUCAGACUGAUGUGGAGGGCAAAAACCAGACAAAGAAAUCUUCCACAUCAGAGGAAAUUAAAUCUUACAGCCAGGGAGAUGAACCUGAAGACACUUUGGAAGACUCUCAGUGCUCCCCAUCCCAGAGCUCUCUGGGUGAACCCAGACGGUCUGGACGCCAAAGGGUCCGACCUCUGCUCCCUGGCGAAGACCCUGAGGAGCGGGAAGAGAAGUACAACCAGCAGAAAAAGAGACGUUCCGGGGAGGAGCAUAAAAGUGAAGGCAAGGACAGGCAAGUCCAAGGCAGACCAAACACAAGAAGUAAACAGGCUGCUGAGGAGGAGAGUGGCAGGUUGAGAACAAGGUCGCGGUCAUCAGGUCAAAUGAUUUCCCCGGGAAAAGCACAAAGGAAGAGUAGGGGGUACAGUAACUCACAGGACCUGCUUGGCAAGGAUGAACGCAAGAGGAGAAGCACUAGAGAAGAUCAGAUCAGCCAAACUGACUCUCAAACAGACACACAAUCUGAUAAUGAUAGUCAGUCACAAAGUAGACGUGGUCGGCGCAGCAGAUCAGCAAUGGAGGCCCAGGAGGAAAGCAGACCCAAGCAAUCUGUUCCGCCUGAAAAAGAAAAAGAGGAGUCCAGCCAGACUGGUUUAGAGGGGACCACAGAGUCUCAGUCAGACAACAAACUACAGGUUAAAGCAGGCAGACGGAGCAACAAGGUGCUAUGUAAUUCACAGGAGUUAGACCUUGUAGAACCGACCAAAAAGGAAGAGCUUGAGCCAAACCAAAGCGAUUCUCAGAUUGCCACCCCUUCUUCUCAAACAGAUAGUCAGUCUCAGGUUAGAUCAAGUAGGAGGAGCAAGUUGGUAACUGAAUCAGAAGGGCUGAUAAAAGACAAACACAAGAGAAGAGAUGGUGCAGAUGAGGAGCUUAGUCAAGAUGACUCUCAAGUGAGUACACCUUCAGCCUCUGACAGCCUGUCACAGAAUAGAUUAAGGAGGAGAAGCAAGGCGGCUUCUGGGGCAGAGGAGUCUGAAGACAAAAAUGAAACUAAAGAUUCAUUAGGAAGGCAGGAUAAGUCUGAUUCUCAGGCAGCACUGCCGGCUGUCAGCCAAAAAGAGGGCAGACCAGUGACCAGGGGUAGAAGGAGCAAAAUAGAAGAGGAGCAGUCACAGUCCCAGUCUAAUAACAGUCCUAGUUUAACCCCUGUGAGCUCCCAGUCACUUAAUAUUGAAGGAUCAACAGAAUCCUCCCAAAGCAGGAGCAGGUACUCAAGACGAAGAUCAUCUCAAGCCUUAUUAGCUGGCGUGGAGGCCUCAGAGUCUGAUUCCUCAGACAACAAAGACGAUGGCCCCUUGCCCAAAAGGAGGGGGCCUAGAGCUAAAGUCUCUCUUUCAAGUCCACUCAGUCUUGGAUCAGGAGAAAUCAAAGUCAAUGAGGACACUGCAAACAAUGAUUCGCAAAGUUAUCAAAAGGCUGAUGUACAAAGCACACCUACCAGCACACCUACCAGCACACCCUUAGAAACCAAAAAUCUAGAAGAGCCAGAGGAUUCACCUAAAAAUAAGGACAUGCAAGAUUCAAAAUUACCCCAUAACAUCAAGGAACAAAAUAAGGACGAAAUAGCUAUUGAGGUGGAGCUUGAUGAACUUCUAGCCAUGGAGCCCAUUGGUCAGGUUAAAGCGGAGAUUGGAAGCACACAGCCCUCUCCAUCAAAAUGUUACCAGCAGCUGAAUAAUAAAACAUUGAUUGGGUCACCUCGAAAAAUAGUGCGAGGUCAGAGGGACUCUCUGGCAGAGGUGAGCAUUGAUCAAACCUCCUCACAGGAAAAUGACACGAGGGACUCCCAAGCUACUGAAAGCCUUGAUUCAGUCAGGCUGAGUGCUGAACAAUUUCAGGAAAAGCUACCAUCUGAUCUGCCUGUGCAGUCUGCCGAUGGCAACUCAAUCACAGAUAACAGUGUGUCCAUGGAACCAGUUAAUUUAAGUCCUGUGGCCUCCUCUGCAGACACGCUGAACUCCUCUGGUGGAACAACAGACAAACUGAGUCUGCAGGUCUCAGAGUCUUCAGAGGAGAAAGGCGUAGAAGUGACACAGCCUGUUGAUGUAGUUACCGAAAAACAAAAAGAAGAUGCAGAUUCAGACCAUCCAGAAACGCCUAAUGCGCCAAUGGAGGGCAAACUUGAAGAUAACAAUAGUACUGCUGUUGAGGAAAACCAGUUGGAGAGUCAAAGUGCCUUAGAUGAAGUUCCAGAGAAGGAGAAGUCCUCUUCUGUCGAAACGGAAAAAUUAGAAAGCCAGGAGUCAAAGGCUAUUGUGCACCAGUGCGAAGUUCAGAGAGAUGGUAAUGAUACUGCUCCUGAGCAAAAGGGCGAAGAAAAAGACAAUGCCCAGGAAAUGCUGUGUGAGGUGGAAGAACAACCUCAAAUAGACAACAAUCAGACAAGUGUAGCUGAUAAAGACUCAGAUGUGCCUCUGACUGAUGUCUGUGAUACCUCAGUGUCUUCAGAAACCAUCAGUAAAGAUGUUUGUCAGGAUUCCCCAGCAAAGCAGAAGGACCUGGAGGCUAUGAUCGGGCCAGAUGUCGGUCAGAGCCCCAUUGGUGGCAGGACCAGAGGGACUUGGUCUCCUUCAGCCUCCCCAUCUACCAGUAUCCUCAAGAAGGGCCAGAAGAGACCACUUGAGGAGGAGACUCCCUCACCUCUUGUUAAGUCCAGGCGAGUUUCUUUUGCUGACCCUAUCCAACACCAGGAACUGGCUGAUGACAUUGACCGUCGCAGCCCUGUCAUCAGAACGAGCUCCCCAAAAAGGUCCAAAACAGCCAGCGGUAUCCCACAGCCCAAGUAUGUUACUACUCCUACAAAGGGCCUACUGAUUCUAAGUCCAAGAAAUCUCCGCAGCCCUGGUUCCAAGAGCUCCAAGAAAUGCCUGAUAUCGGAAAUGAGCCAAGAGCCACGGCCUAUUCCUAAAGACUGUGUCUACCCUGCCCUGGUUGGCUGCUCUACACCUGUAGAGGCUGUGCUGCCUCAGAUUUCCUCCAACAUGUGGCCUCGAGGCUUUGGGCAGCUGGUCCGAGCCAGGAACAUCAAAACAGUCGGUGAUCUCAGUGCUCUUACUCCCGGUGAGAUCAAGACUCUGCCAAUUCGCUCCCCAAAGAUCUCCAAUGUCAAGAAGGCACUUAAAACAUAUCAUGAACAACAGCGUAAAGGACGGGGAGGUGCGGAUGAACUGAAGAGUUUUGACGAGAUGGAGAAGAUGACUUCUGAAGUGGAGGAGAACAACGCUCCUCAAAACCAGGACGAGGAGGACAAGCUUCAAGGGGAGCCUCUCGCCACAGAGCUGGUGGAUGAGCCUGUGCCGGUAGACCAGAGGCCAGACCAGGAUGGCUCCGUGAGUCAGGCCUGUGACGGGCAGCCUGGGGAACGGAGACCUGAGGGACAGCCGAACCCCGAGGGGCUUCUGUCUCAGAUGGAGGCCCUGUCUUCCCGUGUCACGCCGCUAGAACUGAACCGCUGCUCACCACAACAGCUGCUGCAACUGCAUGAUCAUCUGGGAGGCAUGAUGAGGAGCGUGGUGGUCGAGCUGCAGACGCGCCUCUGCCAGACUGACAACAAACCCUGAUGGAGACUUGCCUUUGGUGGAUCCGACUGUUGUGUAAAGAUGUAGGGGGACAUAAAAUGACUGGAGAGAAAUUUGCAAGGAAGAACUCCUGCAGAAUUUCUUGCAUCCACCCAGGCCUCAAUUGGUCUAAUCAACAGCUUUUAAUGAGAAUUUUAUGGUAUAAACUCAUUACUCUUUUGCCUUUCCUCCUCUGAUUAUCCUCUGGAUAAUUCAUAGAUGGGUAAUGUAUUUUUAUUACAUGCUAGCAGCUGCUUUUCUGUUUUUUAGCUGGCAGAUUUAGCUAUUUUUCCACAGCAGUGAAAGGGAAGCACCGUCACACUUUGAGCUUCAUCAGACAAAGAAAAUGACUUUUAGCAGUGAUAGCCAGGAGAAUGAUGGCACUUUUUUUUUAAUACAUUGAAGCAAGAACUGAUGCAAUACUAAGAAUGUAUAUUGAGGAGAAGUAUAACUCUUGUUGCCCAAGCUCUUUGAUCCAUGCAUUUUUUUUGUACAUACAUAAACCUCUAGUGUCCAGUGCUACCAGGAUUGUAGCUGCUUAGGGUGUUUUGUUUACAACACUUCAACAGUGCUCUUGUACAUUUUUGAAAGAUUUCUUUUCCCGAUGGUUUGUAAUCAUUCUGUCAUCUUCAUUUUCAUGUCCUAUCCUUUUUUUAAAAUGUCACAAACCCUAGUUAUUAGUGGGCAGUUACCUGUGCUCUUUUAUUCCUUGUUUUAAGUACAUCAAUAAAAGAAUUAAUAUGAA